AUGGCCAUCCACCCUAAUGCGCUCGGAGGCCCUGCGCCUUCUGUUGAUGUCGCAGCUUGGACUGCACAAGCAGCCCGAGCUUUGAAUGCAGUCUCGAUUGCCUCACCGGCUGGCAUUCGCGGUACAUCCGUUUCGCUUGCAAUUGACCCGAGUGAACAAAAAGAGCGCAAGGCGGAAGCCGCAGACUCUUCCAUCUAUCGUCCUCGCCGCAAAAUUCUUCGUCGCGACAGUCUCGAGCGUCGUGAAGCCCUCCUGAAGGGCAAAGAAGGCAGCCGGCGCCGGACGCGCUGGGAAAAUGACCGCCUGCUCAACAACCCAUGGGCUCAGCCUCCCUUACCCAGCGAUUGGGAAGUUCACCCGACCUAUCCGCGUCAUAGUGUUCCUUAUUAUCUCGCUCCUUCGUGGGAACAGGAGAUGGCAGCGCGUGCGGAAGCAACACGUCAAAAGCAGCUUGCAGGACGAAAGCAGAAGGAAGCGCAGCAAGGCAAAGACGGGGAGGUACCGAGAGAAUUGAGAGAAAAAUUGAAGAAAGCAAAGGCAGCCAAAGGACUUCUAAAGGAUCUAGAGGAACAAGUCCGUCUUUUCGUUGAGGGCUAUAAUGGCCAGACAGGUGGAGUAUUUUCCCGGCCGAGGAAGGGAAUACUUGAUCCAGACUCCUCCGAUGAGGAGAUCGUGUUCGUGGGCCGCAGCGGGAAGAUGCGCGAUGUUCCUGCCUCGCCGAAAUUUGGAGACGGGGAUGACUCAACGUCAGAACAUGAACCGGAACUGGAGGAGGCCAUCGCGAAAGACAAGCUUGUUUUUGAUGGUCUGGUGCAGGAUAGAGGCGCCAGCUUUGGGCGUUGGCUUGUCCAUAACAUUGCAACAUACUAUGGCCUCAGCACCUGGUCUCGCACAAUUGGGGACCCUGCAAGAAGGGAGGUGAGUUUGUUUUCGAUGAUCGAGCUCUACGGAGUUCGGUCAAUCCUUUUGUUCAAGUCUUUCGCUCGCAGCUUGGGGCACGACGCUGACGAUUGGAGCACCCAGGCGUACGUUGGUAUACCGCCCGUUUCCACCAAGUUUAAGGGAAGGUCUUUAUUCAAGGAUGUUCCUUUGCCAAGACCGCUUUGGUGUAUGGUCUGA